CUUACUGUCAAAACAGCCUACAACAACAUGAUGGACCUGUUUGAGACCAACACUUAUUUUUUCAACGAUUUACGUUAUCUCGAGGCGGACCAUGGGACCUUGGAUAUGCCUGGAGUGUCCCCACUCUAUGAGGGGAACGACAGCCCUCUGUCUCCGGGACAGGAUCCGGUCCCGUCCGAGACAGGGUGCGAGAGCAGCGGGGAGGAACACGUCCUUGCGCCGCCGGGGCUCCAGCCUCACUGCGACGGUCAGUGUCUAAUGUGGGCUUGUAAGAUCUGUAAGAGAAAAUCCGCGCCGACCGACCGGCGAAAGGCCGCCACUCUGAGAGAAAGGAGGCGGCUUAAAAAGAUCAACGAAGCGUUUGACGCGUUAAAGAAAAAGACGGUGCCCAAUCCGAACCAGAGGCUGCCCAAAGUGGAGAUUUUACGCAGCGCGAUAAACUACAUCGAGAAGCUCCAAGACCUGUUGCAUACGCUAGACGAGCCAGAACAGAACUCUGACAGUGACCCUUACACAUACAACGUAAAAGAAAACCAUGUGGCUCCCAAUGAGUAUCACUGGAAAAAGGGGAUUCCAGAUCAUUCCAACUCCCAGAUGGCCGGUCACCGAGAAGAAGCCGCAGUGGAGUCCUCAACGUCCAGCAGCCUUCGUUGCCUCUCCUCGAUUGUUGACAGCAUUUCCACUGAAGAGACGAAAGCUCGCUGUCCCGACCAGAUCACAGAAAAGUGAAGCUCGAGCAUCCGCCUCACAUUUCCUACGUAUACUUAUUUCCAUGAACUAGUGUGAAUGUUCUAAAUGUAAUAAGCAACUCUUUGCAAUAGCUUUUUAACAAUCAUGCUUAAAUAAUGAUCAUGAUGAUUAUAUAUGAAAAUAUAUGUUCAUAACAACAUUUCUAUAUCCUCGUAGCAUUUCCUGGCUUUCUGAUUGUGAUCUGUUUCGCAUUUUAUAAUUCAAUAAUGUAUUUAUUACAUUGCAAAAUAUUAUUAUGAAGUGUUCCAAUGUAAUAUUUAGAUUUCUUUUUUCAUAAAUGAUCAUUCAGUGUAGUUGCUGCGGCUAAUUCCAGAUAACUUUCAGGGUCAUUGAUAUCAGCAGAAUGAUUGCUGUCAAUUUAUGUAGUCUAUCUAAAAUGUACAUAUUUUGUAAUAUAUUGCUGUCACAUAAAUUAUUUUAUAAAUUAAUAAGACAAGUAGAGCACUUGAUCAAUACCGGAUGUAUUUCCAACAUUAAACAUUAAAAAUAUCAAAGAUGUACUCUGCAUUUUUAUUUACUUUGUUUAUUUUAACAUUUUAAUUGUCAAUUAUUUGUUUUUAAAAUUUUAUAAUUUGAAGGAUUCUGAAGGAUUUUACUGGUGAUUUUGAGGUUUUGAUAUGCCUGCAUCUUGUGAUGUCAAAACAUACCAGCCUAUUGUCUUAUUAAAUUUAAUCGUGACAUUAAACGAUGAAUGAAGUCAUUCAAA